AUAAACGGUCAAACACUAUAUAGGUACACAUGCGAAUAUCUUAGAGCAAUACCAGAAAUGCACUAAUUCAAUGUCAUAUAUUACGAGGAAACUCGUGGCGUCAGGCAAAUGCAGUCGAGCCCCUCUGGCGCUGUGUCAAGCACGACAUCGAAAUUUCGAUCGUUAAGAUAAUUGCGAACAUUCUGUAAAUUGAUCGCGUAUAAUAUUACGAUUCCAGCGGUUAACGCUAAUUAUUCCCACUUUGCGCUAUCACGAUGUGCGACUAAUUUUAUUGAAGCAAUAAUACACCUGUAUAACAUUAUACUGAGAAAAGAGGCUCUACUAUAUGGUAAUGAAAGAAUUUCAAACACAACAAUAGCUGUGUGUGUGGUCAGUCGAGUUAUACAAUGAAAACAAGAGACAUCUAUCGAUGAUCUAUUCAAUUCUUCAUCAAAGUCAAUAUAACGUACACAACCUUUGUCGCAGCGUGACUGAUAAUCGCUUGUGCAUAAUACACUUACUCGAUUCUAUUCUUAAAACUACUACACUGCAAAGUACGCCAUGAAGCCAAUCAUCAGUAUAGUCGACAAAAAAUUCUAUGAAAUUCCAGCCGAUAUGAUUCUCGCAUCCGAAGGGCCCUACCAACGCAGCAUCAAGCAAAUGGUGCAAAGCUCUCCGCUCCGAUUUUACGGACUGGAGCAAGAACGAGUGGAUCUGAUCCAGUUGAGAAAAGAUUUGAUAUACUGGCUCGAUUCUUUGGAGGACUUUUUCGACGGUAACUAUCUCACCUGGCACUUCCCGGCACGAUUGCUGAAGCUUCGAAAUUCCGAGCAGAGCUUGCAGGAGUUGAAGACGAGAUACAUCGGCAAAGAAAGUUUGAAGCAUUCACCUCGUAAAAACGAUAUCAACUUGCAGUUAUCUUUUAAGGAGAUGAGAUCGCGAGUGGCUAAGUUUGUAAAGGAGCUGCGAGAUUUUUGGAUAGUCGCUAGCAUAAAAUACGCUGAGAGCGUAGCGAAGAGUACGGAUAGUUUGAAGCAGAGAAGGUUGCGCUGCUGUGGUCUGAUUGAUUUGUAAUUCUUGUACGAGCUAUCGAUUGAAUUGUAAAUUAUUCCUGUUGAUGCAAUCAAUAAAGAUGACUGACUUUUUCAUCAAAA